AUUUUUGUGGUCUGUAGUGCAUCGGAAACGAUUCAAAAUGAAAGUACUUCUCGCGUACUUAGUUUGUAUUUUUGCCUCUUCAGUGGGCGAACUAGCAGAAGAAUGCAAUUCUAGUGUCUGCACUCUUGAAAAUAACUGUGCAUGUACAACUGGCAAGUCUCCUAUUUCGCCGUUUGAAGACACUCCACGGUUGGUAAGUCUAACCUUCAGCGAAGCCGUCACGGAAGAUUUAUACGACAAUCUUUGGGAACCACUUCUCUUCAACCGCAAAAAUCCUGACGGAGCCCCCAUAAGUGGGACGUUUUUCGUUCCCCACGAAUACACCAACUACUACAUAGUUCACGAUUUAUACAUAAACGGCUUCGAAAUCGGCGUGAACUCCAUAACUUCGAACUAUUCGGAGUUGUAUUGGGCGACUGCGUCAGUAGAUACGUUGAUACAAGAAUUCGAAGGACAGCGGACCAUCAUUUCUCAUUUUGCCAACAUCCCUAAGGAAGAUAUCGUGGGUGUGCGAACCCCACAACUCCAGCUACAAGGCGACGUUUCUAUUAAUUCCUAUGUGGCGUCUGGUUUUGAGUACGACAGUUCGUGGUCGUCGGAUAGUAGAUUCGACGUCUAUCCGUACACGCUUGACUAUAAGUCGACUCAGGAGUGCCGGACAGGUACCACUUGUCCCGUAGAGUCGCAUCCCGGGUUUUGGAUUGCCCCCAUAGUAGAUCGACAGGGAUGUGGAGGCAUGGACUGGAUGGACUGUAACAAUCUCGGAAGCUGCAAUGUUACCGGAACUGCAGACGAGAUUGCUGAUUGGUUGCUAUACAACAUAGCUGCUGGCUCCCACGGUGGUACUGGCAGUAGAUAUCCAGUAACAAUAAUAAUACCGUCCGAUUGGUUCCGAAAUGUCCAAAAUAGUUACCAGGGGUUCGCUAAAUUUUUAGACGCGGUGGCAACCAUGGACGACGUAUUUCUUGUCAAUUUGAAGCAAGUUAUUGACUGGGCACGAAAUCCGGUUCCGCUGAAUGAGUUUAAAACAGCUGGGAUACCAACAGAAACUGAGUGCAGUAAAUAUAUCUGUGUCGAAACGACAGAAACUGGUGAUGUUAGGUACCUGCCCAUCUGUUACGUAGCUAACGCUCGUUGUCCAGAUGUGUACCCAUGGCUGGGGAAUCCUCUAGGCGAAAAGCAGAAGGGAGACUAGUUCUUACAAAAUUUUAUCUUGAAACCCUCUGUCAUUAAAUAUUUGUUAUUACUACUAUUAUUAUUUAAAUAAUAACUUUAUUAAAAACAA